AUGGAUUUCAGGUUCAAAGCUGAGGAUGCGGGCGAAGAUGCUCAACGCUGUAUCAAAAUCGUGGAAGCAGAUAUGGAUUCGCUGCUACUGGUGCUUGAUAAUGAAGAUCCUGAGCUCAGUGAACUAGUCAUCUAUACCUUGCGUAGCUAUGUGGCGCUUUUCAAGGAUAACUGUACGGAUGAGAAAGCAACCAGUAUGUUGACGAAGAUCGUGUCCGUUUGCUUACGACGGUUUGUAAUUAGCGAAGAACUGGACGUGGAUGGAUCGGGUGAAGAUGAAAUCGAAUUCGCCGAGUACAGGAAGGAACUGCGCGGAAUUCUUAAUACGAUCGGGAACAUGCGUUGCGACCUGAUAGUGGCCCCACUAGAAGUUCUGGUUGAUGAAGUUGCGGCCAGUGGCGGUGGCACGGCAAUGCCUAUUGCACGAUUGGAAGCUAUUGUCCAGUUGGUUCAUGGUCUGGUGGAGAUUAUUCCGGCGAAUUUCGUCAAUAUGAAAGAAGGAUGGAUGGGACGUGGUGCAUUGUUACCAGUCAAUCUGCUCAACUCUAUGCAACUAGAUGGCCGAUCAGCUACAGUUCAUGUCUUAUACUUUGAGGUAGGUCUCGUGUUCGUAACCUAA